UUAGAGCAGAAGAUCACAGUGGUUUCAAAGAAAUGGACCGAUGAAUAUCAACCACUAUGCAAAUAAGAAGAGCGCUGCUGAGAGCAUGUUGGACAUCGCCCUGCUCAUGGCCAACGCAUCCCAGCUGAAGGCCGUGAUGGAGCAAGGACCUUCCUUUUCUUUCUACGUGCCGCUCAUCGUUCUUAUCAGCGUAUCGCUCACGCUGCAAGUUCUAGUCGGAGUGCUCCUCAUAUUCCUGGUAAAAUAUGACCUUAACAACCCCGCAAAACACGGGAAGCUGGAUUUCCUCAACAACCUUGCAACUGGACUAGUAUUCAUUAUAGUAGUUGUGAAUAUUUUUAUCACUGCCUUUGGGGUGCAGAAGCCCGUGGCUGAAUCAUCUUCAAAGCAGUAG